AGAGCCUCAGGAGACACCAUGAGGGUCCUCACCACUGCUCUCUGCCUGGCAUGGGCCCUGGCCCUCGCCUGCGCCCACCCUCUGAUCCACAGCAAACAACAGGCAGCUGGAGGGGGUCACCCCCAUGGCGCUGAGACCCCCGGCAACGACACAGGUGAGAGCCCACGGCAGCGGGAGGGAGGCAGAGUCACAGACCUGGCCCAGCUGUGUGCGGAUGAGAGCGGCUUCGACGCCACCACGCUCAGCGAGAACGGCACCAUGCUCUUCUUCAGAGGCGAGGAGGUGUGGGAGAGCUCCUGGAGGGACCCCCGGCCCCACGUCCGCCCCCUGCACACAUCCUGGCCCGAGCUGAGUGGCCCCGUGGACGCGGCGCUGCGCCUGCCCCUCCGGCAGCACCCCGGGCACAGCCACGGCCUUUACCUCUUCCAGGGAGAGCAGGUCUGGGCGUACGCCGACGGGCAGCUGCUGCCCGGCUUCCCGCGGCGAGUGGAGGACGAGUUCCCGGGGGUCCCCGGGGGACUGGACGCGGCCGUCGAGUGCCCCGCCGAGGAGUGCGGGGGCGAGAGUAUCCUCUUCUUCAAGGGGGACGAGGUAUGGGCGUUCGACGUGUCGCUGCGGGUGACGAAGCCGCGCGUGUGGCCGGGGCUGGGGCCGUGCGGGGCUGCCCUGCGCUGGCUGGAGCGUUUCUACUGCCUGCGGGGCACCGGCUUCCAGCGCUUCCACCCCCUCACCGGCCCCCUGAGCCCCGCCCGCACCCGCGACCUCCGCGACUACUUCAUACCCUGCCCGGGACGAGGGCACGGGCAGGGGAACGCCUCGUGGGGGGAUGCCGGGGAGCCCUGCAGCCAGAUGCCCUUCCAGGCCCUGCUCUCUGACGACACCGGGCGCAUCUACGCCUUCCGUGGGAAUCUGUCCUUCCGCCUCGACUCGCUGCGGGACGGGCUCCACGCGUGGCCCGUGGGACAGAGCUGGCCGGGACUGGAGGGGGAAGUGGACGCUGCCUUCGCCUGGGAGGGACGCUCCUACCUGAUCCAGGGCUCCCAGGUCUCCGCCUUCCUCUCGGGGCAGGGCCACCGGCCCGUCCUGGGCUACCCGCGGCCGCUGCAGGAUGAGCUGGGGGUCCCCAGCGCCGACGCCGCCUUCACCUGCCCCGGCUCCGCGCAGCUCUACCUCAUCUCAGGGAGCAGCAUCCGGACCGUGGACCUGUCGCAGACGCCGCGGUGGGCGGGACCCGCGGUGCCGCUGCCCCACGACGCCGUGGACGGGGCCAUGUGCACCUCCGACGGCGUCUUCCUGUUCCACGGCCCCCGCUUCGCCCGGUACGAUGGCGUGGGCGAGCUGCUGGCGGCGCGGGAGCCCGCAGCCCUCGGCAGCAUCUCCGCGCGCUUCCUGGGCUGCCCGCAAUAAACACCGCACAGAC